AAAAAAUAAAAAAAAAAUUGAGAAAAGUCCCACAAGGCACCGCGAGCAUCAGCUCCUGGUACUCAAACAUGGCGGCAGUUCCUGCACGGCUGUUAUUGUGAACUUGUUUUGGACUUUGGUUUUUAGUGUAAAUACUAUCCCCUCUUUCUCACCGUCUUCCCGUGUUGGCAGAUAACUGCAGUUUAAGUCAGUUAUCUGUCAAGCAGCAGCCUGUUUGUGCGGCUUGUUUACGGUGUUACAUUUCAGGGUGUUUCCUGUGUGGUAUUUCGGUUAACUGUCAGCGGUAAGCGGAAGGAGACAGAAGAAGAGACAACUGUUGUUGUAACUUAGCAGCUCAGCGCAGCUCACGAUGAAGGAGUCUUUGUCCCUGGUCCAGAGACUGAGCGCACACCCGGACUCUCGGUGCUGGUUCGUCAGCUGGAGCCCAAACGGGACACUGCUGGCGUCAUGUGGAGGCGACAAGGCCAUCCGGAUAUGGGGGCGAGAGGGUGACACUUGGGUAUGUAAGAGUGUGCUUGAGGACGGACACCAGCGCACUGUGAGGAAAGUGGCGUGGUCUCCGUGUGGGAAUUAUCUGGCCUCCGCCAGCUUCGAUGCAACCACAUGCAUCUGGAAAAAGAAGAACGAUGGCUUUGAGAGUUUGACGGUGUUAGAAGGACAUGAAAAUGAAGUCAAAUGUGUGGCUUGGGCCCCGUCGGGGAAUCUGCUGGCCACAUGCAGCCGGGACAAGACGGUGUGGGUCUGGGAAGUGGACGAAGAAGACGAAUAUGAGUGUGUCACCGUUGUGAACUCUCACACACAAGAUGUCAAGCAUGUUGUAUGGCAUCCGACCCAGGAGCUCCUGGCGUCAGCCAGCUACGACAACAAUAUUUGUAUUUACAAGGAAGAGGAUGACGACUGGGAGUGCCGGGCCACCUUACAGGGACACACGUCAACAGUGUGGGCUUUGUGUUUUGAUGCGGCCGGACAGAGGCUGGCCUCCUGCAGUGAUGACCGCACUGUGAAGAUUUGGAAAGAAUACCCAGAAGAGAGUGGACAGGACUUGUCGUGGAAGUGUGUGUGCACUCUGACAGGAUACCAUGGACGAACCGUGUAUGAUAUCGCCUGGUGUCGACUGACUGGUGCCCUGGCGACCGCCUGUGGUGAUGAUGCAGUGAGGGUGUUUAAGGAGGACGAGGGGUCAGACCCAGCCCAGCCUGGGUUCUCGCUGGCUGCUCAGGUGCCCAGAGCUCACACCCAGGAUGUUAACUGCGUCACCUGGAACCCGAAGGAGGCAGGACUCCUGGCUUCCUGCAGUGACAAUGGAGAGAUCGCAAUUUGGAAGUUCCAAGAAGAGCACUGACUCUAGAGUCGACACGUUUUCCUUACUGAAAGUUACACUGACAGCAUCUUUUAUAGUUACACUGAUGGCUCAGCAGGUUCUGCUUGACAUUACCUCUAUGAACAUGUCAACCGUCUUGAUUAAUUUGUUGAAUGCGGCUUUAGUGCAUUUUGAGUCUACAUAUUUCUUUGUAACAGCUUAGCUGAGAAUUGAUUGAAAUUUCAUGUUAAUGUAAAUAAAUAUAACAUAAUAUAAAAA